AAGAACCGUUCAAAUGCUGGUAUGAAUUCGACAACAGCGGUGUAUCGGGACUCCUUAAGCACAGCCAUCAUCAAGAAUCUGAUUACCGUGGGUCUCUCUGCCUCCAUCAUCUAUAUCAACAGCAGCUUGGUGCACACAUUCAAAAAACAUGAGGUUUUCAACACAAAUCCUCGUUACAUCCUGUACAUUCAUCUGGUAAUCAUUGAUAUCCUGCUGCUCAUAAUAUUCACCCUCCUUCAAGUCCUCAGCUACAUCAUUUUCACUCUUCCUGUCCCAUUUUGCAUCAUUUUAUUGUUGAUUUCCAUAAUUUGCAGCCUUAACACUCCAAUGACCCUCGCUGUGAUGGCAGUAGAGUGUCAUGUUGCCAUAUGCUUCCCUCUCCAGCACUCACAGAUCUGUACAGUCAAAAAUGUAACCGUUGUGAUCACAGUGAUAUGGGUGCUAAGUUCACUUACAAUUCUGCCAGAUUUAUUCACCAUCUUGGCCACAGAAUCCAGAGAUUUCUUUCAUUCAAGAGUCUUCUGCCUUAGAGAAACUGUUUUCAGACUUCCUGAAUUAGAAAAGAAGAGAACUAUAUCCAACAUUGUAUUUCUGGUUAUUGUUUGGCUCACCCUUAUCUACACAUAUUUCAGAAUCCUUUUCGCUGCACAGGCAGCUGCUGCAAACGCCAGGAAAGCAAGAAACACUGUACUGCUGCACGGCUUCCAGCUGCUGCUGUGCAUGCUCACCUACGUGUAUGAUUUGCUGCUGAAUGGUUUGACAAAGUUGUUCCCAAAAGGAGUCCUGACUAUCCGCUACACAAUCUCAGUAUUCGUUCACGUUCUGCCUCGACUUGUUAGUCCACUUGUUUAUGGGAUACGAGACAAGGCAUUCAGAAGAUAUCUGAGAAAAUAUCUGUUCUACUCACCAAAUGCUAAUGUUAACAAAAGUUAA